AUGGAGAGUGGUCUGUGCACGCUGCCGGACGAAACGCUGUUGGCAGUGCUCCAGUGGCUGGGUCCGUGGGACCUCAACCGCUGCGGCCUCACCUGCCGGCGGCUUCAGCUCGUCGCCAGCGACCCUUCCCUGUGGAGGCCACUGUGCGAGGCGCGGCUGCCGGUGGCACAGACGCAAGGCAAGGAUGCCGCGGAGGCGUGGUACACGACGAAGGACCUGGACUGGUGGGACAAGGCCCGGACGCAGACAUGGCAGCAGGCCUACGCCGAAAUGGUCCGCUCGUUCUUCGGUCCGCUGGAGGAGCGAGUGCAGACGCUGAAGCACACCGAGCGCUACAUGAUGGCCGUCAACGGCAAGGCGAAGCGGGCUGCCGUGAUCGGCCAGGGCCGCCUUUUCCUGUUCCCUCGCUUGCUCGACCCUGCGCACGCGUACUUUCAAUGCAACCAGGUGGACCACAACGACGACUACUUCUACUGCGUCAUGCGCUUCCGGAGCCGACCCGAGAAGGCACCGCCAGCAGACAUCCCCCACCUGGUCAGCGUCACCUCCUCUUGCGUGGCCGUGUGGCGACAAAGCUCAUCGAUGCUGGAGGUGUUGGACGCAAGCGGAGGCACCACGCUCUGGUCGGCCCGGCAAGCCCACGCGCGCUGCGUCACCCUCGUCGCCGACAAAACGGAGACGCACCCCGACGGACUCCUCCUCUACGAAGGCGAUCGGCUGCAGCUCUUCGAGCUUCGUACCGGCCGCCCAGUGCCGCUUGCCUCCGAGCGGGCGCCACGAAGCGUGGUCAGCGCCCAAUUCACGCCGUGUCACCUCCUCCUCAUCUUUACCGCUCGCAUCGAGGUGUUGUGGAAGGCCAGCUUGGGGACAUCGCCCGAACCUCAUCGAGCCACGAUCCGGGCGGAUUCCGGCGGCAAGAGCGCCAGGAUCGACAUGGCGCAGGCGAUCGAGGUGGACGUGGCAGGUCGGCCAGCGGACGCUCCGCGUUUCCUUCUGUUCAUGCUGGCCCGGGACUCCUACUUCGUGUGCUGGCAGCUGCCCGCCGAGCCGGUUCGGAGCUUCAAACAGUACGCCAAGUGGGAUCCCAAGUUCUGGUGUGAUGGCCAGCGCUUGGUCACCUCCAUGGACGGGGUAGGACAUAAGCGCAGGUUAACGGUGGCCCCGACGCUGGUGGUGCACAGAUUGCGCGACCUACUGGCGUGUGCAGAGAUUCCGGCCAAGCCAAACGAGUGCGACACAUCGCGCAAUGUGACUUCGCUCGCGCUCCUGCCGCACGCGGGCGCCAUGGUAGCGCUGUGCCUCGACCAGCAGCUUUUUCCACCCAAGGGCCUGAAGCCGCUCCGCCAUUGGCGCCUCCGCGUCUUCACUUCAUCGUAA